AUGCAGCAGGAGUUUUUGUUCAAAGUCCUGGUCAUCGGAGACUUGGGAGUCGGAAAAACGUCCAUCAUCAAGCGGUACGUGCAUCAGAUCUUCUCCCAGCACUACCGAGCCACCAUCGGGGUGGACUUCGCCCUGAAGGUGCUGCAGUGGGACAAUAACACGGUGAUUCGGCUACAGCUGUGGGACAUAGCAGGACAGGAGCGCUAUGGGAACAUGACUCGUGUCUUUUACCGGGAGGCGGUGGGAGCGCUGGUGGUGUUUGAUGUGACGAGGGCCUCCACGUUUGAUGCAGUCCUGAAGUGGAAAGAUGACCUGGACUCUAAGGUGACUCUGAACCAUGGAAGACCACUUCCAGCUGUCCUCUUGGCCAACAAGUCAGACCAGCUGGCUUCCCUGCAACCCAAACUCGACUCCUUCUGCAAGGAGAAUGGCUUUGUUGACUGGUUCGAGACCUCUGCAAAGGAAAACACAAACAUUGAGGAGGCAGCACGCUGCUUGGUAGAGCACAUCCUGAACAACGAGGAGAGCCCAGUGACAGAGCGAGACCCUGGCUCCCUCAUCCUAUCUGGACACACCAACAGCUCAAAGGAUCAUCUCAGCUGCUCGACAUGUGCAAAAUAAUGGCCUCCUGACCAAUCGCAGACAACCAGGAAGUUAACAGCUGGGAGGCCACAGCCAAAGAGAUAAAUUUGGCUCAGGAACCGUUUGUAAAAAGUCACUAUGUGCAGAUGGAGCAUAUCUUUGGACUCUGGACGGGGGCCUGAGUACCCAGAGGAAACCCACACAUGAAGGCCAUGCAAACUCUACACAGAAAGUCCCCGAUCAGCCACAAGGUUUCAAACCCAGAACCUUCUUGCCGUGAGGCAGCAGUGCUAACCGCUACACCACUGUGCUUGCCUGCAAAAUGACCACAAAGACACAAAACAUGCACAAAGUGACAAAAUGACCAG